GUGUUGCAAGCGGGGUGAAAUCUCGGGAGCUGUCUGAAGCGGAGAGGACCAAACAGCGUGAAGAUUUAAAAACGUGCAUUCAGCAGACGGUGAUUCUGCAACAUUUAGCCGAGAAGAAAGAAAGCACCGUAACUUCCCGACCGUGUGAAGCCUCUCUGACGGUAGGAGCGGGAGAUUCAGCGGCUCCUGCUCUCCUUUAACUCGGAUAAAGUUUUCAGUGCGCGGCUCGGAGGAGCAGCUCGCAGCGGAAAGUCGAGUCGGUGGUCGGCGGUCGGUUCUGCAGGAAUGUCGCAGAAAGAGAGACCCAAGUUUUAUCGGCAGGAGGUCAACAAGACGAUAUGGGAAGUCCCGGAGCGCUACCAGCACCUGUCCCCGGUGGGCUCCGGCGCUUACGGAUCCGUGUGUUCUGCGUAUGACAUGAAGAUCCCCUUUAAGGUCGCUGUUAAGAAACUGUCUCGGCCGUUUCAGUCCAUCAUCCACGCCAAGAGGACCUAUAGAGAGCUGCGGCUGCUGAAGCACAUGAAGCACGAAAAUGUGAUCGGCCUCCUAGAUGUCUUCAGCCCUGCUACCAGUCUGAAGGAAUUCACUGAUGUGUAUCUGGUGACUCACUUAAUGGGAGCAGAUCUCAACAACAUCGUGAAAUGUCAGAAGCUCACAGACGACCACGUGCAGUUCCUCAUAUACCAGAUCCUCCGAGGGCUGAAGUAUAUCCACUCAGCAGACAUCAUCCACAGAGACCUGAAGCCCAGUAACCUGGCUGUGAAUGAAGACUGUGAGCUGAAGAUUUUGGACUUUGGUUUGGCGCGACACACUGAUGAUGAGAUGACCGGCUACGUGGCCACGCGCUGGUACCGCGCUCCGGAGAUCAUGUUGAAUUGGAUGCACUACAACAUGACAGUGGACAUCUGGUCAGUGGGCUGUAUCAUGGCAGAACUCCUCACUGGGAAGACUCUCUUUCCUGGAUCUGACCACAUUGAUCAGUUGAAGCAGAUCAUGCUGCUCGUCGGGACCCCGGGGCCCGAGCUCUUGAUGAAAAUAUCUUCAGACUCUGCCAGGAACUACAUCAGCUCUCUGCCCAUCAUGCCCAAGAGGAACUUUGCUGAUGUGUUCAUCGGCGCCAAUCCACAAGCUGUGGACCUUCUGGAGAAGAUGCUGGUUCUGGACACGGACAAGCGGAUCACAGCAGCCGAGGCUCUGGCUCACCCCUAUCUGGCCCAGUACCACGACCCGGAGGACGAGCCCGAGGCCGAGCCGUACGACCAGAGCUUCGAGAGCCGCGAGCUGGAGAUCGAAGAGUGGAAACGAUUGACCUACGAGGAGUUGUGUAGUUUUGAGCCGCCUGUCUACGACGAGGACGACAUGGAGUAACGAGCCCAUCAGCCUCCGACAUUUAGUACCAGCUCCAACAUGUGCAUUAGUGUUAAACAAGCUCUGAGACACACACCUGGUGUCAGAGAGUCUACCAGCCUUCUUCACUCUUUACUGUCCACGUUCAGCUCCUGUGAGGGGAAUCAUUAGAGAGAGCGAGAGAGUUAUCAUUAUUAUUAUUAUUUAUGAACCACUAAUGUUGCUGGGGAAUGUCACUUCUCGCCUUGAGAGCUGAAAUCAUUUUGUAUUCUUCUGAUUUCUUUUCAAUUUCGACUUUGAUGACUCGUCACUGUGACACUGAUGAUGCUGAAACACCUGGACCUAUAGCUGUGCUAUUUCUGUGUUUUUAAAUUUUCUAUUGAGUAACUUAUGAAUAAGCUUCUGUGUCCAUCAAUUGGAAACCUGAUCGUGUACCACUCGCCCUGCCAAGCUGUCACUGAGUCACUGUAUCUUUAGAACGACUCUAAAGACUCUGACGGGUUUCAUAUCUGUGACAGAAGUAGAUUUGAUGUUUUUUUUUUAACUAUUUGACAAUUUGAGACUGUGCCUGUUGUGUGUAGUUACUGGCCUUCAGCGUUCACCAAACAUUUUAAUGGUUAUUUAGAUUUAGUUUAGACGCUCCGUGAGACUCUUGUACGUAUUCUGGCGCCACAGAAUAAUCUUAUUCUCUGCUGUUAAAGGACAGUGCUGCUCCACACGGCACCCAAGUAGGAAAAAAAAGAAACGACUGGGUACAUGCUCUACUCAAAAACUGUGUAAAUAUCUGUUAUUUUAUAAAUCUCUCGCCAUGAAGCAAUCACUUUUAGUCUGUGCAGCAGUUAAAGACUUUGUGUGCGAGAGUGUGUUGUUGGUUUACAGGAAUUUUAAGUGUCACGCUAAAACCUCUAAUAGAAAAACUGCUUCAAUGUGCAAAAGAGGGAUUUCAGAUGUAUUUAUACUUUGUGGAGGUGGUAUUUAUAAACAACAAUCGCAGGAUCCCUUAAACUAUUUUCAGUCCAGCAGAGUAACUACUAUCUUCAGUCCUUUGUUUAACAAAAUAAAGACUUAUUUUUAAGAGA